UUGGACGUGGGCACAAAGACAUCUUUCUAUGGGUUCACCACAAACACUAUGAAGAAUUCCCUCAAUUCUUACAGAAAAGAUGGCUUCACCAAGGUCCCACAGGGACAGAGAGUCCGAUACAUCUUCAUUCCGUCCAACGAACGGGACUAUGUGAUGAUGUCAGCUGCUAUCCAGGGUCUCACUGUCACCUCCGGUCAUGACAAGGGGGACUGGUCCUCUCGAUACUUUGGAUUUAAAGCACCAGUUAAGCACUUUAAAAUGCUUCAUCCAGAUUUUAUUACAUAUGUAAUGCAAAGGUUUCUGAAGUCUCCCCUGCUGAAGUACAGUCAGCUCUACAUGCCCAGCACUGGUGCUCUGAUGCUUCUAACCGCCCUGCACAUGUGCGACCAGGUGUCUGCAUAUGGUUUCAUCACAAAAAACUUUGCAGACUUCUCUGACCACUACUGUGAUGCGCCGCUGCGCUUCUAUGCCAAUCACGACAUGCAGAUGGAGAGCUGGCUGUGGGAGGUACUGCAUGCACGAAAAGUAAUGUCACUGCACAAGAGGACAAAAGUAAAAUGA